AUGGAAGCUACUGCCGUCAAAUUCCUUGGAAAUCCCUCCAUUGUCACCGCCUCCAGAACCAUUCAACAAUGCCGAUCAACCAUUCUCUCGCUUCAAAACUCUUACAGUUACCGGAACAAGCACUUGCUUCCUCUCUCGCUCACAGUUACAAGAUGCUCGACCACCAAAAGUAGCCAAACGGGUCAAGAUUCGAUUUUCGAAUCAUCACAAUCCGGAAACUUAUCGUCGUCUUCAAAAAGAGGUCUGGUUCUCGAUCUAGGCCUUUCUUCUGAUUCGUGGGACAGCGAGGAGAUUGGGUCUCCGGUUGUGAAGAGGUUUCUCAGCGAUAACGAAGAGAGAUGGUACAUGUGGUACCACGGAAGCUCCAAUCAAAACCCACCUUCCGAUUCCGUCGGAUUAGCAGUUUCAAACAAUGGGAUUCACUGGGAAAGAGGUAAAAGGAAAGUUGAGUCAACCGACGAUGUGGGUUUGGUUAUGAGCUCUUGUGAAGACUGGUGGGCUUUUGACAAGGCAAGUGUUCGACCUGGUGAAGUAGUGAUCAUGUCGAGCUCCAAAGUCAGAGCUAACAGCUCUGUUUACUGGAUGUAUUACACAGGCUACACUACCGAGACUGCUGAGUUUGAAUCUAAAGUUUCCACUUUUGGUUUUGGAAAUCCAGAAAGGUUUCACCUUUGUGAUGAGAAGGUUGAGAAAGCUAUGGUUUUUAGGUCACUCCCUGGGCUGGCAAUUAGUCAAGACGGUAGGCAUUGGGCUAGAAUUGAAGGUGAGCAUCAUAGUGGUGCCUUGUUUGAUGUUGGGUCUGAUAAAGAUUGGGACUUUCUCUACAUUGCAUCCCCACAUGUGGUUUUCCAUGGAAGUGGCGAUCUUAGGAUGUAUUACCAUUCGUUCGACGCGAAAACCGGCGAAUUCGGAAUCGGUAUGGCGAGGUCUAGAGAAGGGAUCAAGUGGGUUAAAUUAGGUAAGAUCUUAGGAGGAGGAAGGUAUCCUUGUGUGACAAGGAACAAGAGAGAUGGGAGUUAUGUGAUGGCCUAUGAAGGUGUUGAUAGUAAAGGGAAGAUGAGCAUUGGGUUAGCGGUUUCGAAAGACGGGCUAAAUGAUUGGAAGCGGGUGGAGGACGGUGGUGAAGCGGUGGUUACUGUUGGUGAAGGCAAGGCGUGGGAUAAUGAAGGAGUUGGAUGUCCUUACUUGGUUGAGAUGGAUGGAGACUGUGAUCAUCAAUGGAGAUUGUACUAUAGAGGUGUUGGUAAUGGAGGAAGAACAGGGAUUGGUCUUGCUGUAUCUGAGGGGAGUGAGAUCACUAAGUUUACUAAACAGACAGGGAUUCACUUCUGA